AUGUCAGGUAACUGCGACAAACACAGCCGCCAUGUUGUGAAUGCACAGGAACCUCUAUCGCAAGAACACCACUUGUGCUUUUGUACAGGCAAUCGGCUGGAAGCAGAAUUAAAAUGACAGUUUCACACAGAAAUUAGUUGUGCUCUGUCACAAGGGGAGGCCGUGGCACAGCAACAGAGCGCAUCUUUGUAGGCCAAAGAUCCUGAAGAGCCAAUAGACAGUGUUGACAACUGAGUCAAUGGUCUGACUUAGUAUAAGGCAACUUCCUGUGUGUCCCGUAGCAAAGCUCCUUCUACAAUGUUUACUCAUGAGGAAGCCUACUUCAGCUAAUGUACCCAUUGGAAGUUUCCUCCUUGCAGCUUCCAUGCCUGUCGCUGCUUACUCACCCACCCACUUUGCUGCGUAAGUUUCAAUCAGGCGCACAGUGUGGUAGUCUCAGUGUGAGACUAUCCAGCAGGCAGCAUGUUUACCAAUGGAAGGUGCCCAAGUAGCUUUGCAAAUCUGCCUCUUACAACAAACGUUGUCAAGCAGUUGGAGACGGUUGGGCUCAUCAAUCCCAUGUAGCUCAGAAUCAUUAAAAACGUUGUUCCAUUGUGAGUCACAUGGAAAUCAAACUUAAUUUGCCAUUCAUGUUAGGAAGCCAAAGAAUGAGAGGAAGAGACAAGGAAUAAAUAUUUCCUCCACUGGGAUUUGUCUUAUCAAGGAGCACUGUGACUGUGCACAGCUUUGAUUAGGCUUAGUGGUCUGUCACCUGUCCAGGAAGGAAGGCGUAAUAGGUGUAGCAGACGCAUAGUUCUGCUGAUUGGGAAGACCUAAUCAAAGGCAAGGAACAAACAGACUGGUCUGUCAGGCUGGCAGCUUGCUUCUUGAGAUGGGAUAGACCACUUCCUGAAUCGGCUGCCCUCCAGAUGUUUCCAUUGGCCAUGCCGACUGAGACUGAUGAGAGAGUUGUUGUGCAAAUUAUCUGGAGGACACCAGGUUGAGAAAGACUGAACAGAAAAAUGGCUUUAAGUGUAGCAAAAAUGGCUUUUCCGAGAUUAAAUAGAGCGUAAUAAGAGCAUGCCCAUUUGUGCCUAGAACAGUCUCCCUAGGGAGGUUGUGGACUCUCUUUCCUUGGAGGUUUUUAAGCAGAGGUUGGAUGGCCAUCUGUCAUGGAUGCUUUAACUGAGGUUCCUGCAUUGCAGGGGGUUGGACUAGAUGGCCCUUGGGUCCAUUCCAGCUCUACAGUUAUAUGAUUCUAUGGCACUCCAUCCACCGCCCCUAGCUACUCUUCCUACCACCACACUGUUUCCCCCCACAAAGAGCAAAAAAACCCAAUUCUAGAGAAACCAAAACUUUAGAUUGAGAUUAAAGUAAGCAAACUGGAUGAUAAGUACAUUUGUACAGUGGUGCCCCGCAAGACGAAUGCCUCGCAAGACGGAAAAGCCGCUAGAUGAAAGGGUUUUCCGUUUUUUAGUUGCUUUGCAGGACGAAUUUCCCUAUGGGCUUGCUUUGCAAGACGAAAAUGUCUUGCGAGUCUUGAGAUUUUUUUCGCUCCCCCCCCUUUUUCUAAGCCGCUAAGCCGCUAAUAGCCUUUUAGCAGCUAAGCCGCUAAGCCUUUAAUAGCCGCUAAACUGCUAAUAGCGCUAAUCCGCUAAUCCGCUAAUAGGGUUGCUUCACAAGACAAAAAAACCGCUAGACGAAGACACUCGCGGAACAGAUUAAUUUCGUCUUGCGAGGCACCACUGUAUAGAGUAGCAGCCUGUCAGCUAUUAACCUUCUUGUAGGCAGGGCAUAGCACAUCAUCAUAAAGAAUAACUAGGAUGAACUGAGCACAUGAUGGACUCUUAAACCUACUUUUUCUGGUUGCUUUUCUUCCAGGUUUAUUAUUUAAUAUAUUUGCUGUAUUGCCCCCAUGGGGUCCUCAGAGUUUCUCUCCGUCCAUCCGCCUCAAUGCUACUUUUGGACGGCCAAUGGUGCUUCCUGAUCCCUUGCUCGCUGGACGUUCUCCCACCAAAGUUUACCCUUCGACUUCUCACCUAAUUGCAUUUCAGCAUUGUCCCGAAAGGAAGAAACUGGGGUGGGAAAUAAACAGAAGAAAGAAAACACAGCCAUUUGGAUGGACAAUAUACUGCCUGCUGGAGCAAACGCACUGGAAACUGGCAAAGACUUGUGGCCCCGAUCUCCUUUUGAAGGAGGAGGCUUGA